AUGGACAUCAAACUCACUGCCUUGUUCCUCGUCGUCCUGACUCUCGUGAUCCACGAACCCGUCAGCGCUGACUUUUUCGACCGCCCUGUAAUAUCACUAGACGAAGUUGGGAAGGAGGAUUCUAAAUACAAAUGUGUUCCUGGUCGUACCGUCCUCAAAGUCGUAGAAAAACAGGAGGAAAUUGUUGAUCAGUCAGACGAUUCCGACGAGUACUCGCGAUCAGGGCCGAGCAGGCGGAUACAUAUGUCGGUAGUGUCGAAGGACGAAACUUGCUUCAUGUGUGUAUGCUCUGCUGACGGCCAACACGAGCACUGCAGCGGCAGACCCGCGCACACUAUCAACGAGUGCAUCUUGUCGAAGAAUAUCAUUGAUCAAUUCAACUCCGGUAUUCCGUUCAAACACUCCAGGAAUUUACCCUACAGAAUCAGACGAGUAAACCAGAAUGCCUCACAGAUGUGUGUGCCUUUUGUUUCCGAGUACUCCAACUGUAAUGAUGAUAAUUUGUGCUCGGGCUGCAGUAAAUGUACUUGCACUCGCGAUGGUCAGUGGUCGUGUCAAGAUGUGAAGGAGUGCCCCCAGGACUUUCCUCAGGACGAGAUCCCAGAUAUGGAUGUUAAUAAAAAGGAUAAUUUUGAUAUGGAUAACGAUAAUGACGUGAUAUUUGACAGCGCCCUCGACAUGCUGGAAUUUGAGAUGAGCAAGAAAAACAAGCACAUUAAGACGUCCAACAAUCCGUUAGUACCCGCACCGCAACCAGUGCAGCAUAAAGAUGAACUGUUAGGUUAUUUGGUAGCUAUACCACGACAAGAGCACUAA